GGGGCCUCUCUGAAAGAGGAGGAGCCUCUCUGAAAGAGAAGGAGCCGCAGAGUCACUUCUCCUGAAACGAAAGUGAAGUUAGUCUGAGAGCAGCUGCAGUCAGAAACAUUCACCUGAUCAACAACAACAACAACAACAACAACAACAACAACAACAACAGAGUCUCUGAACCAACACUGACUGUAGACAUGUCUGCUGCCAGCUGUCAGCUGACUGAGGAUCAGUUUCUGUGCUCCAUCUGUCUGGAUGUGUUCACUGAUCCAGUCGCCAUAUCAUGUGGACACAACUUCUGUAAAGCCUGCAUCACUCAACACUGGAACAUCAAUGUCCCCUAUCAGUGUCCCAACUGUAAGAAGUCUUUCUACACCAGACCUGAGCUGCAGGUCAACACCUUCAUCUCUGAGAUGGUUGCUCAGUUCAGACAGUCAGCUCAACAGAAAGCCAGCAGCAGCAGCUCAGAGCAACAAGCUGCCAAACCAGGAGAAGUUCCCUGUGACGGCUGCACUGGAACCAAACUGAAGGCCCUGAAGUCCUGCCAGGUGUGUCUGGAGUCCUACUGUGAGACUCACCUGGAGCCUCAUCUGACAAGACCAGGUCUGAAGAGACAUCAGCUGAUCGACCCCGUGGAGAACCUGGAAGGCAGGAUGUGUACGAAGCACCACAAACUGCUGGAGCUGUUCUGUAAGACCGACCAGACGUGUGUCUGCAUGCUCUGCACUGUUCUAGACCACAAGAACCAUGAUGUUGUUUCUCUGGAAGAAGAAUAUGAAGGAAAGAAGGCCGAGAUGGAGAAGACUGAGGCUGAAACCCAGAAGAUGAUCCAGAUGAGACAACUGAAGAUUCAGGAGAUCAAACACUCGGUGGAGCUCAGUGAGGAAGAUGCAGACAGAGAGAUAGCAGGUGGUGUUCAGGUCUUCACCGCUCUGAAGGAGUCUGUUGAGAGAAGCCAGGCCGAGCUCAUCGACACGAUCAAAGAGAAGCAGAGAAAGACAGAGAAACAGGCUGAAGGCUUCAUCAAAGAGCUGGAACAGGAAAUCUGUGAGCUGAAGAAGAGAAGCACUGAGGUGGAGCAGCUGUCACGCUCUGAAGACCACCUCCACCUCCUCCAGAGCCUCAGGACCCUGAAGGCUGCUCCACCCACCAAGAACUGGGCUGGAGUCAGAGUCAGUCCACCUUCAUAUGAGGGGACUGUGAUGAGAGCUGUGAACCAGCUGGAGGAGACGCUCAGUAAACAGAUGAAGAAGCUGUUUGAGGUCGAGCUGAAGAGGAUCCAGCAGUCUGCAGUGGAUCUGACACUUGAUCCUGAUUCAGCACAUCCCAGACUCAUCCUGUCUGAUGAUGGAAAACAAGUUAAAGAUGGUGAUGUAAAGAAGAAUCUUCCAGACAAUCCACAGAGAUUUGAUUCUUGUGUUAUUGGCUUAGCAAAGCAGAGUUUCUCUUCAGGAAGAUUUUACUACGAGGUUCAGGUUGAAGGAAAGACUGAGUGGACUUUAGGAGUGAUGAGAGAGUCCAUCAACAGGAAGGGAAGCAUCACACCGACUCCUCAGAAAGGUGUCUGGAUGAUAUGCUUGAAUGAGAAUGAGUACUCAGCUUGUGCUGACCCUUCAGUCCGUCUCUCUCUGAAGUCUCAGCCUCAGAAGGUGGGGGUGUUGGUGGAUUAUGAGGAGGGUCUGGUCUCCUUUUAUGACGUUGAUGCUGCAGCUCUUAUCUACUCCUUUACUGGCUGCUGCUUCACUGAGAAACUCUUCCCAUUCUUUAGUCCAGGUCUUAAUGAUGGUGGUACAAACUCUGCUCCUCUGAUCAUCUCUCCUGUCAAUCACACUGAGUAGAACAACCACUGGAUUUCCUCCAGAAAGAUCUACUAUCACUUAAUGUAAUAAAUGUAUAUUUCUCAUGAUGUACUUAUUAGACAAAGUUCACUUCUUCAGAUUCUGAUCAAUGAGGGUUUUUCUCCGUAAAUGAUUUUCUUCAAUGCUUCAAGACUUUGAUUUAUUAUUGUGUUGAUUUUCUUAUAACAACUGAAUAAGGCGACCUUUACUCAUAAAUAAGAAGCAUUUGCACAUUUCUUAAAGGGAAUAAUCCGCACCUUUUAAUGUGGAUGUCCAAUCAGUGUCGAUUGUAAAUGUAGCCAAUUGAAACAAUGGAUUACUCAGAGCUGCUAUAUUGACCGAGAGAGCUGCAAUAUCUGUUCCGGUAGCCAGGGGGCGCCGUGCUCCAGUAUUGCAAUAUGAGUGCAGUGUAUUUUAUGAACGCAAUAAGUGAACGGAAGUGACCUUAUUUGGACAAGUGAGGCCGUGGUAGGGACGAGUGAUUGUGGAGUGGAGUUUGCUCUUUGUGCACCAAUAAAAGCUUAAAGGGCACGUUGGACAGAAGCUAGUGCAAUGCAUCCUGGUACAUGUAGGCACUGCCGGCUUGGUUCCACGAGCAGGAACAAAAUAAGCUUUCUCAGCAAUUUAUUGCUUCAAUUAACGAUAUUUACCAUGAACUUUGAUUGGACAUCCACAUACAAAGAGACUUGUUUUCCCUUUAAAGAUCUGGGUGUCGAAUGCAAAACGUUUAAUUCUCUGAUCAUUGUGUGUAAGAAGUGUUGCAUACUGACACAAAUUACUGAAGAGGAGAUUAUUAAUAAGACAAAAGUAAUGAGCUUUUCUCUCUUUCACUUUUUAAAUAAAAAAAGCAAAAUAAAGUCA